AUGUGUUCCAUCACCUACAUGUACAACCCAGAGCCAGAUCCUAAGCAGCCGCGCAUAUGCGACUCCCUAGGCUGGCCCUGCCAUCACCCAAAAAACUUCUUUGACCUUCCACGCCACAUCCGCCGGAGAAUCUACAUCGAAGCCGGGCUCUCAAGAGGCUACACCGGACCUUUGACGCAAGCCGAGAUUCUCAACCUGUACGCAGAGACCAAAGACCUUGGCGCCGUCGACCGCGCCUUGAAGGCUAUACGCCAACCCGCAUACUACGACAUUGCAUCCCCAGUGUGGGACAAUCUUCAAUUCAGCUUCUACGACGACGACAUUGAAGAGGCGCUACUAUACCUCCUCAAGCUUCCGGAUUUUAUUUGGACUCGAGUCACCAACUUGACCAUCUGCCUCCAUGAGCAGUGGCACCACGAGCAGUACGAAUUCAACGGCUGGUACAGCUCCUCUAAGGAAUCGAUCAAAAUACGUCAAAGGAUCUUGCGCUUCACCGAUCUCAUCACACCCUGGAAGGAAGUCCAGUGGGACUCGGAACGAGGCUUUUAUAUCGGAGCCUUUGAGUGGGCACGCUACCCCUUGAACUCCUCCUAUCAUAUUGACUUUUGUCACAAUCACGCUGCCUCAUACUCUGCGAGAUGCGUUUGCUGGAUGCCCCCGAAAGCCCUCUUCGUCGUCAGCAAAGCCAUGUCGCGCGAAGCGGCCCAAGUAUUCUACUCGUGCAACAAUAUCACGGUAAAGGACCGUCUGAGCCACUUACUCAGACACUACAACCUAACCCAUGGGCUCCUGGACGGCGCGUUGUUCAUGGGGGGGCGUAUCCGACCCGAGCUGCUCGGCAAUAUCCGAACCCUGGAACUCGCGUUACCGAGACUCCGAGAUACUUGCAACUUGGAAGAGCAGAUGGAAUCGGCCUUGCGCAGGUGGCGGAGCGCCAUUAAACACCUGAGCCGGCACGCAAAUCUGCGCGCCCUGACACUCGUGGUCCUGAUAGACCUCUGGGGCGGCGCCUACAAGUCCGGAUCCAUCGAGUUCGUUGCCCAAGACCUGGACGAGCAGGUCUUCCUGAGCUCUCUCCCCAUUGUUGACCCGUUCAAGCAGAUCCGAGACGUGAAUCGCUUCUUCGUGCGCCUCGAGUGGUCCGGCCACUGGUCGCCCGGAUACGUCCUGCCCGACGGCGCGACCACGACCUCCGACGACAAGAACUACCACCGCAGGCGGGGCGCCAAGCUCGAGCGCAUCGAGCUCGAGCUGGAGAAGUUUGUCAUGGGGGGCGACUACGACAGCCGCGCGCUGGGCAAGUACAACGGUCGUCGGUGUUUCUGGAUGGCCCAGACGUGGGAGAACGAACACGUGACGGAGGAGAGUGAGUCGGACGACAGCGAAUUAUACGACAGCGAGCCGGACGAGGGCGACGACUCAGAUGGGGGCGACGACCCGGACGAGGGCGAAGCAUAUGAGAGCGACGUAUAUGAGAGCGGGGCAUAUGAGAUGGAGCCAUAUGAGAGCGAGGCAUACGAGAGCGAGGAAUAUGAGAGCGAGGCCUACGAGAGUGAGGCAUAUGAGAGCGGGUGA